UCACAUCAGAUCGUAGUGCAGAAAAGACGUUUAAUAUCACAACUAAAAAUAGAGAAUCAGUUCACAAACGUAAUUGUUUUUAAAUGAUACAUUAUCUUAUUCAUAGUGCAUUUCACCUGCAUAUAUGCUCGAGUAACUGCAUUGUAUAUUUGAGAAUACACUCAGGUCUAAAAUUACUGGCACCCUUGAUAAAGACGAGCAGAAAAUACAGUAGAAAAUGAAUCCCACUGUGUUUCCUUAUUAUUCAAUCUUCAAGGAAACCUUUGACUCAGUCUUUCAUGCCACAAGACAACCAGUCGGUCGACAUGUGCCUAGUCAACACUUUUUAGGCAUUAAUGGGAACUCCAUAGAAAGCGGGUGUUGUGGUGUGCCUUAGAAGUAGGGUACGAAGAGUUUACCCACCAUGCACCCCACCACACACACUGUCAUUAUCAUUGUACUAUUUCUCUCUAUCUUUCUCUCUGUCUCUAUUCCUUAGGAUAAUGAGUUGUGAAGCAGCGAGGGCUAGGCGGAGAGCAGAGUCUCAGGUGUUGAUUGACAUGUCUCAACUCCUCCCUCUCCCUUCCUCCCUCCGCCCACAGCUAGACAAACCCUCCAUCAUACGACUAACCAUCAGCUACCUACGCAUACACACACUGCUCUCUGGUACACACACACACACACACACUCACUUUCUCUCUCACUCACUCACAAACAAACAAACAAAUACACACACCCAGUCAUGUUGUUUAUGUCUCUUUAUCCUAGGCUUUGCUGACCGACAGACGUGGGAGAGGAGGGACGAGGAGGGAGAGAGGGAAACGAGGGAGGAGGGAGAGAGGGAAACGAGGGAGAGGAGGGAGGAGGGAGGGAGAGAGAGGUGGGCGGAGGGAAAUAGGGAGGCGGGAGACAGGGAGCUCGGGGAGAGGAGCGAGGAGCGAAAGAAGGAGAUGGGGGAGACAGAUCUAUACCUGAGGAUUCUGGGUGGCUUUGUCGUCGUGGUAACGACAGAAGGAGACAUGAUCUACCUGUCAGAUAACAUCAGAGAAUACAUGGGUUUAACUCAGGUGGAGUUGAUGGGGCAUAGCAUAUAUGAUUUCACACACCCCUCUGACCAUGAGGAAAUCAGAGACAACCUUGACCUCACUGCAGGGCGGAGCGGGUGUGGAGGACUGAGAGACUUUCUGAUGAGGAUGAAGUGUACAGUGACUCACAGAGGAAGAACUGUCAACCUCAGAUCAGCCGGCUGGAGGGUGCUGCAGUGUCGCGGGUGUUUGAAGGUGUGUGUGUCAGGACCCUCUCUUACUUGUGUGCUCUUCACCUGCCAGCCCCUGUCCCUCACACACACACUCCUACACACACACACCUUCACCAGCCAUCACAGCAUGGACAUGAGGUUCACUUACUGUGACCAAAGGGUGACUGGGUUGUUAAGUUAUCGUCCAGAGGAGUUGCUGGGUGUCUCUAUGUAUGAUCUGUGUCACACUCUGGACUUACACACUCUGACCAAAAGCCACCUGAACCUGUGUUCUAAGGGUCAGUCAGUGAGUGGGGUGUACAGGGUGUUGGUUAGAGGGGGAGGGUACAUGUGGGCAGAGACUCACAGUGCUGUCAUCUCCAAACCCCGCCCAACGCAGCCACACCCAUCACAGCCACACCAAUCUAGACCCUCACCGCCACUCUUCGUCGCUUGUGUCACAUACAUCCUCAGUGGUGUUGAAGAGCCAACUCAGCUUCUGUCUCUGGGCCAGAUGAACUGAGGGGAGUAACCUCUAGCCCCUCCCUGGACCUCUUUGAGGAAGGACAUUUUUCAUUCUACAUAACAAUUCUGCAUUUUCUACAUAAAAUCUUAGCUUUAUUUAGUAUAGCUGUAGCUACAUAUUGUGAAACAGACACUGUGAAGAUAUUAAUGUGAUUAAGACUGUUUGCUAAUAAAUAAUCAUGUCCACUUCUGC